AUAUCAAUAAUAUUAAAGAUCAUUCAAAAUAUUUCAAUAUGACAAAAAAUUAUUCUACAGAAACGUCUAUUCCAUCUAAAUUAAAGGGCUCUAAAGAUCAUAAUGAUUUUUUAAAUAGAAUUACUAAAUCAUUGUAUUAUAUUGAAUUUCCUGUGACGGAUUGUCUCAGUUUGCCUGUUACUGACAAAUUAAUGUUUUUAGAAAUGGCGGCAGAACUUUUUAAUGGGGUGAAUCAUACAUUAGAUCGAUUAGAUGUGGAAGAAGCGAGUAAAAUUUCUAGAAAUGCUUGCGUUUCCCCAUGUUCUUUGAUCUUAGCUUUAUUAUAUAUAGAAAAAUUAAAAGAUUGUAAUCCAGAGUAUCUCCAUCAAGUGGCACCUUCCAAACUGUUUCUUGUUUCUUUAAUGGUAGCUACUAAAUUUUUGAAUGACGACGGAGAAGAAGAUCAAGUUUUUAAUCAAGAAUGGGCUCUAUCAAGCAAUCUAAGUGUAUCACAGAUGAAUCAAUUGGAAAAGGAGUUCUUAAAUGCUAUUGAUUGGUGUGUAUUUAUUCAAAAUCAAGAUUUUUGGAAGAAACUACAAGAACUGGAAAAAGAUAUUGCCUAUAAAGAAGCUCAAAAACGUGGCUGGUUUUCUUAUACAGAAUUGAGCUGUCUUAUGGAUUCUAUUAAACUGCUAUCUCUUGUUCAUGAAUUUAUAAAUAUAUAUUCUGUUUGUUUAGUAGCGUAUGCUAUUGGAGUUGUAACUAUUUUGGGAUCUGCUAUAGUUACCAGUCAUUUACCAGGUACACAACUUGGUUCAAUGAUAUCAAGAAAUACUGAAAAUAUAACAAACGUAAGCGUCAAUAUGGUCGAAGAAAAAGAAAGACUAAACCAAGAUAUUGAAAUACCAGAUGUAUUUACAACGAUGGAUUUUAUACAUGCUACAAAAUCUGAUAAAUCAUGCAAAAGUAAUGCAGGAGUAAACACAUCCUGGAAAUGGUUACGUUCUAUCGUUAAUUGGCUUCACGAAGAUACAUAUUUAAAUUCACAAGCAUUAGUACCAAUGAAUAAUGUACACUUUAUCGAUGAUAUCUCAUUUUCUAUUACAAGUAAAUUCAUUAUUAAUAGUAAUUCUUCUACAAUAUUAAUUGUACAAUGAAAAGAAAACUUUGCAUUAGGAAUUAUUGUUUGUUUUGAAAUUUUUUUUUUUUUUUUGACAAAGAUCUUAGUAUUUUCUAUGAACAUUUACGGAAAUAAAAAAAAAUUAUUUAUACAUUGAAAUUAGUAAUAGAAUGAUUUUCUUUUUUCUUU